ACAUCUCCAUCUCUGUUCACAGCUCAAUCUUUCUCCUUCCUUCGUUGAACUUUCUUCCCUAAAAUGUCUACCCCUUUCAUUACUCUGAAGAUCCGCCAUUGUCCCCACUCCCCUCACUGCUAAAAUCUUCUCUUCCCUCGUCCGACAUUGUCAGCUCCCUCCUUUCCCCGUGACCUCCAGUCAAGCAUAUUCCGUUUCCCCUGCUAACCCGCCAUCCCUAGACCUUGAAUUCACCCCCUCUUCCCUAUAAAAAGUCCUGAGGUUUUAGCUUCGGGGUUACUUUGUCAGCUCAUCAGAUUGAAUUCUCCCCCAAAUCAUAGCCCCUCUCGCGUGAAUUUCAAGUCUGAUCGUCAGUCCCGCAAAACCCCAAAUUUCCCUGUUCAUUGUUCGUUGGGAGCUUCGGUUUAACGUUGAGGAAAUUGGGAUUUAGCCUUCCGGUUUCAUCGAGUGGUCUGUUCGGGUCGGAAGGCUUGAAUUCCUUCUUCGAUUGUCGUAUCGUGUCUCUCCCGUGAUCCUUGAGUUUUAGGGUUUUAUAUUGUUGUGGAAUGGAACCGAGCGCUCCGGUGAGGUUCAUUUUGGGGAAGCAAUCUUCCCUGGCACCGGAACGCCACGGGGAGGAUCUGGAGAGGGAGAUCUCAGUGGAAGAAGGGAUCGAGAUCGACCCGAGGGUGAAGCUCCUGUACCUGGCGAAUGAGGGCGAUCUGGAGGGCGUGGAGGAGCUGCUGGAUUCCGGAGUCGAUGUCAAUUUUAAGGACAUUGAUGAUCGGACUGCCCUGCACAUCGCCGCGUGCCAGGGAUUGACCGAUAUGGCUGCCCUGUUGCUCAAAAGGAGAGCCGAUGUCAACCCCAAGGAUCGCUGGGGAAGCACUCCUCUUGCAGAUGCUAUCUACUACAAAAAGCACGGUGUGAUCAAACUUCUCGAGGAACAUGGUGCCAAGCCUCCGGUGGCUCCUAUGCACGUCAAACAUGCCCGUGAAAUCCCCGAGUAUGAGAUCAACCCGAAUGAACUUGAUUUUGCUAACAGCGUGAACUUAUAUAAAGGAACUUUCCGUGUAGCAUUGUGGCGCGGAACAAAAGUUGCUGUGAAAAGACUUGGAGAUGAAGUGCUUGCUGACGAAGAGAAAGUGAGGGCCUUUAGAGAUGAGCUUGCACUACUACAGAAGAUAAGGCACCCAAAUGUUGUCCAAUUUCUUGGAGCCGUAACCCAAAGCAGUCCAAUGAUGAUUGUGACAGAAUAUUUGCCAAAGGGAGAUCUUUGUGAGUAUUUGAGUACAAAAGGACCGCUAAAGCCAGCAGCAGCGGUUAAGUUCGCCCUUGAUAUUGCAAGGGGAAUGAAUUAUUUGCAUGAGAACAGACCAGCAAUAAUCCACCGUGAUCUUGAGCCUUCAAACAUAUUGAGGGACGAUUCAGGCCAUCUGAAAGUAGCAGAUUUCGGAGUCAGCAAGCUGCUUACUGUUAAAGAAGACCGGCCUUUGACCUGUCGGGAUGCAUCUUGUCGCUAUGUUGCCCCAGAAGUUUUUAAAGACGGAGAAUAUGAUACAAAAGUGGAUGUUUUCUCAUUUGCUUUGAUACUGCAAGAGAUGAUUGAAGGCUGCCCACCGUUUUCGGCCAAGGUAGACAAUGAAGUGCUUAAAGCAUACACUGCAAAUGAGCGUCCACCAUUUAGAGCUCCAGCUAGGAGCUACUCGCAUGGCCUCAAAGAGUUGAUUGAAGCAUGCUGGAAUGAGAAGCCAGCGAAGCGGCCUUCUUUCCGGACAAUAAUAGAGAAGCUGGAGCAUAUACACUACUCUCUUAACCACAAGAGUCGUUGGAAGGUUCAACCUUUGAAGUGUUUCAAUAAUUUCGAGGCCAUGUUAAAGAAGGACCGUUCCGAUCUAAGCAGAAGCGGGUCAUCUCGUUCUACCAACAGCAUUUAGCACCACGUGUUUUUCAUAUACAAAUAUGUUUUCUCGACUUAGUGCAGAAGAAUUGAAUUGUUCGUAUGUUAGUUUCUGAAGCUGUAAAUUAAGAUUCACUUUUAGGUCAUUAACUUUAUACGUAAUUUGUAAACUCUUCGCUGAACGAUUGGCUUAUUUUGGGAAAAAGAAUAAAGAACAAAUCUCAUUUGUCGCAUUGGUGAUA